AUGGACGACGAUGGUAUUCUUUUGAACUUUAGCACCACUCCCAAGGUAGCUAAAGCGCCUGCUGUAAAGCAUGGAAACACCCGUGGCGUACUCAAGACACACGCUGCCAAAUCAGCCGUGCCAGCAACUGUCAAUAGUGAGACGAUUGCACCAUCCACCGAUACUCCUCCAGCAACAGAAGAAGAGGCAGCAGCAGCAGCAGCAGCAGCAGCAAGUGGGCUCGCUCCUGGCACCAAAGUGCUUCAUGGCAGAGCUCAGAUCGCAUCCUCUCUCUUUUCCUCCAACCCCAUCAUCCCUACAACGUAUCGCAAGAAAGUGAUUAGUACCAGAGAAGGUGCUAGUAAUGCGCCCACCGAUUCCAGCACAUUCACAGGCAUUGGCAUCCAAUCUGAUCUCGCUGGCCAUCUCGUCAACAAGUUCAAUGUCACCACACCUACCAAUGUCCAAGCCAAGGCCAUUCCAGUGUUGAUGGGCCCUGCAUCUCCCCUUUACAAAGAGGAUGUGGAUGUCGUCGUUCAAGCAGAAACUGGCUCUGGAAAAACGCUCACCUACCUUCUUCCUAUUGUCAAUCGUCUGAUUUCAGCCUCAACUGCGCCAAAAGAUGCCAUUAAGCAAAGCGAACAACCAUUUGGCGAUCGCAUGGUAGGUACUGUAGCCAUCAUUCUGACUCCUACUCGUGAAUUGGCUCAACAAGUCUUGGGCGUCUUGACCACACUUGUCAAUUUACCUAGACCCAAGGACGAACAUGUACGUCGUCUGCAUUGGAUUGUACCUGGUAUUGUCAUUGGUGGCGACUCCAAAGCAAAAGAGAAGGCUCGCUUGAGAAAGGGUGUCAAUGUCUUGGUCAGCACACCCGGUCGCCUCUUGGAUCAUUUGGAGAACACAAAGAGCUUUGAUAUCUCCAAUUUGAAAUGGUUGGUGUUGGACGAGGCAGAUCGUUUGCUGGAUCUCGGAUUCGAGGAGACACUCAAGAAGAUUAUGAACAUCAUUGGCGAAAGAACAAAGCAAGGAGGAUCCUCCAAAUACAAACAACUGAUGACAUCUAAAUUCUGGCCAAGGAAGAGACAAACAGUACUGUGUUCAGCAACAUUGAGAGACGAUGUGAAAGAGUUGGCGGGCUGGUCUUUGGAAAAGCCAGCUUUUGUUAGUGGCACAGAUUCCAAACGAGACGCAUCCACCGUACUGAGCACUGACACCACAAUGACAGAAUCCAAACAGGAAGAAAAUGAAGAAAUGAAGUUUACCACGCCAAAUCAAUUGAAGCAAUCAUAUACCAUAGUACCUGCAAAGUUACGUCUGAUCACCUUAUUAGCAUUGCUUCGAUCUUGCUUUUACGAUAAGCGCCAAAAGAAAAGCAUGAACAGUAAAGUCAUUGUCUUCUUUUCGUGCUGCGAUUCUGUCGACUUCCAUUACGAUUUAUUCGCUCAUGCUGGAAAGCCCAUUAUGGAUGAAGACUCUGACGACGAGAACGAUGAUGAGGAUGAUGAAACCAAGAUUAUGAAGAAGGCACUAGACAAGAUUGUGGGUAAAGGAGAGGCCAAAAAGUUCUCCAAGCAGCUUACUGGAAACAACAAGAACUUCAAGAGCAAUCGUUCAGAUGAGGUUGUGCCUGCAGCAGAAGAGGGAGAUACCAAGAAGGGUAAAAAAGUGGUUGAAGAAGCCAGCCAGGUCAGUACAUUGCUCUUGGAGAAACCAGUGUUCCGCCUCCAUGGUGAUUUAAAUCAACAAGUUCGCUCUCAAACAUUCGCCGAGUUCAGCAAGGCCAAGUCGGGCGUUCUGUUUUGUACUGAUGUGGCUGCUCGUGGUUUAGAUUUACCCAAUGUAGAUCGUAUCAUCCAAUACGAUGUGCCUACGGAUCUCAAAGACUAUGUGCAUCGUGCUGGUCGUACUGCUCGUCUUGGUAAGGCUGGUGAAGCCAUGCUCUUCUUACUGCCUAGCGAAAUGGACUACCUUGAUAUCUUGAAGGCCCAGGAUCUAUUCCCUGAAUCUGUUACCAUGGAAACCAUCUUGAAGCACAUUGCAGAGCAUCAAGAUGAUUUUCAGACACCUGCACAAGAUUUGCAAAACACCAUGGAAAACUACAUUCUAUCUGAUGAAAGUCAUGUCAUGUUGGCCCGUAAAGCCUUUUGGUCUACAUGCCGUGCUUACGCCACUCAUCCCGCUGCUGAGAAGCACAUUUUCCAUGUCAAGAGACUUCAUUUGGGACAUUUGGCCAAAUCAUUUGCCUUGAGAGAAGCACCAUCCAAUAUCCAUGAAAAGACCAAGGGCAAGAAGAGAAAGGACGCUAAGAAUGAGCGUAUGCCUGGUAUGAAGAAGUUUGAGGGCAAGGAAAAGCCUACCGGACCUAGAAAGAAUAUCAACAAUCCUUUGAAGAGAAACUUUGACCAUGCUGGUGAAUUCGCCAUUGCCAGUGCAUCCAGCUUGUUGGAGGGACCAACCACAAAGAAGAAGAAGAAGAACAAUGGCAAAAAGUAA